AGGACCCCUAGAAGAAUCCCCAUGGAUAUCAGAAGAGAGGACCAUAAUGGAACUACCUGUUCAGAUAUUUCCAGCAGCAGAAGUCUUUCUAAAGGACAGGACAACAACAGAAAUAUACUAAGCAAGAUUAUGAAGAAAUCUUUUAAUAAGACAACCAAGGAUUCCAGCUCUCCAAACUCAAGCAAUCUCUCAGAACCCUAUAUGUCUACAAAGGGGAUAGUAAACAUAAACACAAAACCUUUCUCAUGUUCUGAAUGCGGAAAAUGUUUUCGCUGGCAGUCACACAUUGUUAUACAUCAGAGAACUCACACAGGAGAGAAACCUUUCUCAUGUGCUGAAUGUGGGAAAUGUUUUAGCACGCACUCAGGUCUUGCUCAUCAUCAGAGAACUCACACAGGAGAGAAACCUUUCUCAUGUGCUGAAUGUGGGAAAUGUUUUAGCGCGCACUCAGGCCUUGCUCAUCAUCAGAGAACUCACACAGGAGAGAAACCUUUCUCAUGUGCUGAAUGUGGGAAAUGUUUUAACUGGCAUGCUCACCUUGUUUUUCACCAGAGAACUCACACAGGAGAGAAACCUUUCUCAUGUUCUGAAUGUGGGAAAUGUUUUAGCCAUAACUCAGCUCUAGUUAAUCAUCAGAUAACUCACACAGGAGAGAAACCUUUCUCAUGUGCUGAAUGUGGGAAAUGUUUUAACAGGCAUGCUUCCCUUGUUUUACACCAGAGAACACACACAGGAGAGAAACCUUUCUCAUGUUCUGAAUGUGGAAAAUGUUUUAGCCAUAACUCAGCUCUAGUUAAGCAUCAGAGAACUCACACAGGAGAGAAACCUUUCUCAUGUUCUGAAUGUGGGAAAUGUUUUAGCUAUAACUCAGCUCUAGUUAAGCAUCAGAGAACUCACACAGGAGAGAAACCUUUCUCAUGUGCUGAAUGUGGGAAAUGUUUUAGCGCGCACUCAGAUCUUGUUCAACAUCAGAGAACUCACACAGGAGAGAAACCUUUCUCAUGUGCUGAAUGUGGGAAAUGUUUUAGCUGGCAUGCUCAGCUUGUUUCUCACCAGAGAACUCACACAGGAGAAAAAUCUUUCUCAUGUUCUGAAUGUGGGAAAUGUUUUAGCUAUAACUCAGCUCUAGUUAAUCAUCAGAGAACUCACACAGGAGAGAAACCUUUCUCAUGUGCUGAAUGUGGGAAAUGUUUUAACAGGCAUGCUUCCCUUGUUUUACACCAGAGAACACACACAGGAGAGAAACCUUUCUCAUGUUCUGAAUGUGGAAAAUGUUUUAACAGGCAUGCUCACCUUGUUUUACACAAGAGAACUCACACAGGAGAAAAACCUUUCUCAUGUUCUGAAUGUGGGAAAUGUUUUAUCCAUAACUCAGCUCUAGUUAAUCAUCAGAGAACUCACACAGGAGAGAAACCUUUCUCAUGUGCUGAAUGUGGGAAAUGUUUUAACAGGCAUGCUUCCCUUGUUUUACACCAGAGAACACACACAGGAGAGAAACCUUUCUCAUGUUCUGAAUGUGGAAAAUGUUUUAGCCAUAACUCAGAUCUAGUUAGACAUCAGAGAACUCACACAGGAGAGAAACCUUUCUCAUGUUCUGAAUGUGGGAAAUGUUUUAGCUAUAACUCAGCUCUAGUUAAGCAUCAGAGAACUCACACAGGAGAGAAACCUUUCUCAUGUUCUGAAUGUGAGAAAUCUUUUACCUGGCAAUCAAAUCUUGUUUCACAUCAGAGAACUCACACAGGAGAGAAACCUUUCUCAUGUUCUGAAUGUGGAAAAUGUUUUCGUGGGCACGCACAUCUUGUUAAACAUCAGAGAACCCACACAGGAGAGAAACCUUUCUCAUGUUCUGAAUGUGGGAGAUGGUUUAGACAUAACACAACUCUAGUUAAACACCAGAGAACUCACACAGGAGAGAAACCUUUCUCAUGUUCUGAAUGUGGGAAAAGUUUUAGCGGGCACUCAAAUCUUGUUACACAUCAGAGAACCCACACAGGAUAG